AUGGACUUCCAGGUCAGAAAGUGGUUUUCUAAAAGCUCGGCCGAGAGCGCCUCGCCUCCUAUCUCCCGCGUAGACUCUGCAAAGUCGGGCAAUUCGAAAUGGACGAUGACCACCACCAGCACAGUCCAGGAAGACGCCCCUUCCGAGGACCUCGCUCUCUCCCUUCAUCCGCUCGCCUCGCAGGACGGCCUCAUCGCCAAGGUCACGCCGCCGACGCAGCCCUCUAAGCCCACCGUUCACGUGCCGUGCGAUAUUGUCCUGAUCAUCGACGUGUCGGGCAGCAUGGGCUGCAACGCCCCCGUACCCGCCAACCCGGGCGAGAAGACGGAGAACUACGGCCUGUCGGUGCUCGACCUCGUCAAGCACGCCGCGCGCACCGUCCUCGAGACCCUCAACGAAGGGGACAGGCUCGGCAUCGUGACGUUCGCGUCCAAGGCCAAGGUCGUGCAGGAGCUGAGCCCCAUGAACGCGAAGAACAAGGCGCUCGCGGAGAAGAACAUCAACAGCAUGAGGCCCAUCGACGCGACGAACCUGUGGCACGGCCUGCUUGAGGGUAUAAGGCUGUUCAACACGGGCGGCGAGAUGAACAUGGGGCGGGUCCCGGCCAUGAUGGUCCUGACGGACGGAAUGCCGAACCACAUGUGCCCGAUUCAGGGGUACGUCCCCAAGCUGCGUGGAAUGGAGCAGCUGCCCGCAUCGAUUCACACGUUUGGCUUUGGGUAUUCCCUGAGAUCGGGUCUGUUGAAGUCAAUUGCCGAGAUUGGCGGCGGCAACUAUUCCUUCAUCCCCGAUGCCGGCAUGAUUGGAACCGUCUUCGUCCACGCGGUGGCCAACUUGCAAGCGACUUAUGCCGUCAAUGCCACCUUGCGCCUCAGCUACCCCGCCUCCGUCGACCUGGACGAGAUCGGCGGCGACUCCGUUGUGAGGCAAGAGCCGGUCACUCUGGCCGAGGAGGACGGCGAGCCGAAGCAGCUCUCGAUAUCUCUCGGCAACGUCCAGUACGGCCAAUCACGCGACAUCUUCCUCAAGGUCACAACCUCCCAGGGCUUUGUGCCAGAGAACUCAACCGUCAGGGCAGUGAUCGAGUACUCCCGGAUGACCAGCAACACGUACAGGCAAACGGCCGAGCACUCUCUGCGGGGGGCGCCCACGACUCUCCCGGAAUCCGAGAUAGCCUACCACCUUUCUCGCUCCCAGAUCUGCUCCUACCUCUCCUCCAUCAUCCCCAUCCGCGACGACGGCGAACACGAGGCCGUGAGCGCCGUCUCGCCCCGGCUCCUGGAACGGCUCCAGGACCUCAUCGCAAACCUCCCCGCCAACGGCUUCCCCUCCGACCCCCAGAACAGAUCCGUCGUCGAGGACCUCGCCGGCAAGCAGCCGAAGGGGCAGGUCACCCUCGCCCUGUCGAACCCCGGGUACUACAGCAAAUGGGGCGUCCACUACCUCCCAUCGCUCCUCAACGCGCACGCCCGCCAGGUCUGCAACACGUUCAAGGACCCCGGGCCGCUCCGCUACGGCGCCGACAGCCCCCUCUUCGUGGCGUGCCGGGACCGGCUGGACGCGGCCUUCGACAACCUGCCCGCGCCGACGCCCUCGAACCAGCGCACGGCGACCCACCGCGGCCGCGUCAGGAUGAGCUCGUACAACAGCUCCUCCGGCGUCUGCUUCGCCUCCUCGACCCCCGUCCAGCUGGCCUCGGGCCGCACGGUUCCCAUCAAGGCGCUCCGCCGGGGCGCGGCGGUGCGCACGCCGUCCGGCCCGCGCCGCGUCGUCGUCGUGCUCAAGACGCCGGUGCGGAGGGAGAUCAUGUGCCGCGUCGGCGACCUCGUCGUCACGCCCUGGCACCCGAUCUCGCUGGACGGCGGCAAGAGCUGGGCGUUCCCCGCGGGCGUGGCGGACCGCCGCUCGGUGCGGUACACGGGGUGCAUCUACUCCGUCCUGCUGCAGCCGGACCGGGACGCUGCCGCGCACGCGCUGAACGUCGCCGGCGUCUGUGGCGUCACGCUCGGCCACGGGCUCGUUUCCGGGCGGGACGCGCGCGCGCACGCCUUCUUUGGCGACUACGAGAAGGUGGCCGGGAGUCUGAGAGCAGUAGGCGUGGGGAGGAACGGCGUGGUCGUCGGCGGAGGCGUGGUCAGGAACCCGGGGACUGGACUGGUUCGCGGCUUCAGGACACACGGAAAACGGUCUGUUUUCUUUUCGAGUAGGAAGAGGAUCAACUUCUCUGUUGUCUAG